AUAAAAACUAGCAUAAACUACCUACGCGUACAUUGCGGACAGACGGAACCGGAAGAGGUGGCAAGGAUCGGCAUCGAACCCCAUGCCAUAGCCGUCACCUAUAUUGCUCCAAUAUCUCCUCCAUGCCCAAGGAUAUUGGACUCGGACAUAUAUCCAAGACCUUCCUACACAAUGGUGCCGCAUGCUACGAUCAAGCUCUAUACCCAGGAAAUUUCCAUCCGUGCAGUCUUUCUGCCCGAGAGCGGACAGCCUAAAGCACAAACAACCAGCGACAGUCGAAAUUACGUUUUCCUUUCAGUCCACAGGGUGGAAUAGGCAUGGUGAAACUGCAACGCUGAUCCAUCGUCUCCUUGAAGCUCCUAGUUUUGCCAUCAACUGCCCGCGGCCCCAUGCAGAAAAGCAGUCGCUGAUGUUUCUGAUUGUUAAAUGGUGCCGGCGUGGUUGGGGACGGGCAGGAAGGGAUCCGGCGGCUCGAGGGUCGUUGACGAACCUCAACCCUUACCUGUCAGCAGUUCCAGCCGGCCAACUGCCAUUGACGUUGGCUCAUCAAUCCUCUUCUCGCACGAAUGCAUCUGAGCGGCAGCGGCAGCGGCAGCACCAACCAUGCAAAGCACUGAAGGGAUGCGACGGACCAUAGGAAAGCCUGACUAGGACUAGAUCGAGCGGGAAGCUUG